UGGAACACUUCUCACGUGUAGUCAGUUUACAUUUUGUUUUCCCCUGAUUUCGGCUUUAAUUAACUUAAAAUGAAACGCCUGACUGACGAACGUGCCAAGAUUCUGUUUGAGCACCUGUCAAAAUACAUUGGCACGAAUGUAAAGCAAUUGAUCGACCGUCCAGAUGGAACCUACUGCUUUCGGGAGCACCGGGAUCGGGUUUACUAUGUCUCCGAGAGGAUCCUGAAGCUGAGCGAGUGCUUUGGCUUCAAGCAGCUGGUGUGCGUGGGCACCUGCUUCGGCAAGUUCUCCAAGACCAACAAACUGAAGUUCCACAUCACGGCCCUCUACUAUUUGGCUCCCUACGCCCAGUACAAAGUGUGGGUGAAGCCCUCCUUCGAGCAGCAGUUCCUUUACGGCAACCACAUCCCCAAAACCGGACUGGGUCGCAUUACCGAGAACGCCGGACAGUAUCAGGGUGUGGUGGUCUACUCCAUGAACGACCUGCCCCUCGGAUUCGGAGUCCUGGCCCGUUCCACAACCGAUUGCAAGACCGCCGACCCCAUGACCACCGUCUGCUUCCACCAGUCGGACAUCGGAGAGUACAUACGCGCCGAGGACACGCUGUUUUGAGACCCCUAGAUGCUAAGUUUUUACAUGUUUUAUAGCAAUAACCAUGUUUAGGUAAAUAAUAAGUAUACUGAAAUAACA